ACGUUGCCUAUUGACUGAGUUGACUGAGCUUAAAAGGCUUGAUUCAACCAUGAGCUACAUGAUUCACAAAGUUCUCGUCGCUGGUAGAUUUGGAUCUGUUUAUCACCUGCAUUCACUCACCAGCGGAACGCUGACACUGAAGGUGAUGGACAAAACAACGACAGAGGUGGCAGAGCGUGAUAUCAGGGACGGGGUUGAAGUGGCAAUAGCCAGGCUCCAGCACCCUCACAUCGUGCGGUGCCUAGGUUACCACAUUGACGACAACCGGCGUCUGAUGCUACUUCUGGAACCCGUCAAGUGCACUCUGAAGGAUAAAAUAAGCGAUGCAUAUCUGCCAGUCAUAAUAAAAGAUCGGCUGCAACCAAAACACAUUAAUGAUAUGCUGUCAUGGUUUUCACAAAUGGCUGAUGGUCUAAACUUCCUUCACUCAAAGAAUAUUUGUCAUCGUGACCUACGAACAGAUAAUGUGUUUGUUAGCGCUGCUGAUCAAAUCAAACUAGGAGUCAUUGGCGUUUUAAAAAAACAAGAAAUCGAGGCUCGGACUUUCAAAUUUUUUGGCGGUCUGCAGAAAGAGCCAUGUUACAUGGGACCUGAAAUUUUCAGCAACGUAGAUUACACUUUAAAGACUGACAUUUGGGCUUUAGGUUGUAUUUUCUACGAAGUUUUCUACCGUGAACCCGCUUUCACGUUCAGUGAAGCUAGGAAGAUUUAUAAGAAAAAGAUAGUGAGUUCAGUCGUUUAUGGAAAUAAGGAUCUCUGUCAGUUAAUAGAAUCGAUGUUGUGUAGCGAAUGUACCAAAAGACUCAGUGCAACCGAGGUGUUAACUCAGCUUCGGAAAAUGAGGCAGACAAACAGUGAGACACAGGACAACUUUUCGCCAUUUAUUGAAACGAAUGUUGACUGGGAGAAAGUGAAAAAAACUGUUAAAAAAUACAACAACCCAGAGCCUAAAGAGCAUCAGAAUGACAGCAGCCGCUGCACCUUGCUCUAAGUGAAACCACCACGAGAGGUGGCGUUUUAAAAAACAAAACCCAAACGAUAGUUAGCCCAACACCACAUGCCCUGCGCCAUUUAUCGUGAAGAUUUAAUCAAAAGCAAUUCUUUAAUUGUCACUGUAAUAUAUUUUAAUUACUUAAGGAACCUAGACUCAGAUAACUUAGCAUAUUUAAUUGAAUCUUUUUUUUUAAAUAAUAAAUAGCUAUUUUAGUUUAGAAACUUGAGUUAAAUCGGCUAGCUAACAGGAAACAAUAUUGAUAAGAUGGGAGGUGAAUGUAACACAAUUUUCGUGUAGAAUUGGAAAAAGUGUGCUGGCUUAUCCGGUAUUUUAAUGUUGAUAAA